CAGGGGGCGGGUGAGGGCUGAAUUCUCCUCGGUGGUGAUGCUGGGUGGGGGGGCUUUUGGGAACCUCUGAGCCCCCCCACACCACACCCCUCUUCCUCUUUCUCUGGCACCUUCUCUAGCUUUCUCUCUCUAUCAACUGGGGACGCGUUUAAAAGGGAAAGGGAGAAAGAGCGGCGCGCGGGGGGGGGGCGCGUGGUCGGGAGUUGAGGUCCAUGUUUUGAAGCCUAGAAGAAGAAAGGCAAGAAGAAUAGAGAGGAGCGGGCGCGAGCGCCUUUUCGGGAGGAAAAAGGCUCUGGGGGGGUAUUUCCAUCCAGCACCCCAUCAUUUCCCUUUUGUCUCCCCCUCCCCCUUUCAAAUUACCACCCGGGUUGUGCAUGUGUGUGCGUAUACACACACACCCCGACACACACACAGUGCGAGGAUCAUCAAUCAUUGGAGGCUGACAUUCUCAGCCCUCGACGGACAGCAGCAAACGGCAGAAGCGAAGAUCUACUUUGGAGAAAGGAGGGAUCCGCUACGGCCAGCUCUCCAGAUCUAAGCCGCUCUAGUUUUGCGUCCCUUCCCCCAGGCCCCCACUUCCAGGCAAAUCUCACCGCUGAAGUCCCAGCUUGCAUUCCUGCUUAGCUUUUCUUAAUACUAAGAAAAAGGACUUCUGAAAGGACGGCGUGGCUUUUCUGAUUUUUUUAAAAGAAUUUGUUCUUUCGAGUUAUCCAAAUAGAUCGCUCCUCUCUGGAGGGGAGGGGGAGAGAGACUCGACCUGAAAGCAAACUCUGCAACAGUUUCCGGCUCCCCUUCUUCGCUCCAGCCGCUUGGAAUUGAUGGGGAUGCAGGAAGUGGCCGAAAUGAACCUCUUGUUUUGGGGAAAGAACUGACGCCUUCCUGGCUCCCCCCAAAGCCCGCUUCUCCCGGGGGGAGACGCCGGAAGGAAAAGGAACCCUGGAGAAAAAUCUUGGGAGCGUCUCAUGGCCCAAAGGUACGAUGACUUGGUACACUACGCCGGAAUGGACGGAGUCUCUCUGCCGGCCUUCGGAGACCCACAUCCGGGCAGAGGUCUGCAACAUCACGCUUUAAGCCAGGGGGGCCCUUAUGGAUCGGCGGGGGUUAACCACCGGCCUGGGAUGCCUCCGGGGCUGGGAUCCAACGACGCCCUGAAGAGAGAGAAAGAUGAAAUUUAUGGGCACCCCUUGUUUCCACUGCUCGCCCUGGUCUUUGAAAAAUGUGAGCUGGCCACCUGUUCUCCCAGAGACACUUCCGGUUCUUAUCCUGGAGGAGAUGUCUGCUCAUCGGAUUCCUUCAAUGAGGACAUUGCUGUCUUCGCCAAACAGGUUAGGACAGAAAAACCUUUAUUUUCUUCCAAUCCUGAGCUGGAUAAUUUGAUGAUCCAAGCUAUUCAAGUUCUGAGAUUCCACCUCCUGGAAUUAGAAAAGGUGCAUGACCUCUGUGACAAUUUCUGCCACCGCUACAUCACCUGCCUGAAAGGGAAGAUGCCCAUCGACUUGGUGAUCGACGACCGGGACGGAGGCUCCAAGUCAGAUCUUGAGGACUUCGGGGGCGCUUGUCUCUCCGACCAGAACAGCUCCUGGAUCCGAGACCACGAGGAGACAGGAUCGACGCCCUCAGGGACGCCGGGCCCCUCCAGUGGUGGGAUUGCCUCCCAGAGUGGAGACAACUGCAGUGACCAAGGAGAUUGCCUGGAUAACAGUGUGGCCUCCCCCAGCACAGGAGAAGAGGAUGACCUUGACCGGGACAAGAAAAGAAACAAGAAACGUGGCAUUUUCCCCAAAGUGGCCACAAACAUCAUGCGCGCGUGGCUUUUCCAACACCUGUCGCACCCUUAUCCCUCAGAAGAACAGAAGAAACAGUUAGCCCAGGAUACGGGACUGACUAUCUUGCAGGUCAAUAACUGGUUUAUUAAUGCCCGAAGGCGCAUAGUUCAACCUAUGAUUGACCAAUCAAACCGCACAGCAGGACAAGGUACACCGUAUAGUCCUGACGGGCAGCAAAUGGGAGGUUAUGUUAUGGAUGGGCAGCAACGCAUGACGAUUCACCCCCCAGGACCAAUGGGAAUGGCUAUGGGUAUGGAGGGCCAGUGGCACUAUAUGUGAAGGCCUGAGCUCUCUGCUGAUGUCAGAGGGGAAGACUCCAGUUCUAGGCUGGGUGAGCUGGACAAGACC